UCUCCCAUCUCCUCAUCAAAGCUUUUCAUUACUUUAAUCAUCUGAAAAUGUCGAUUUCUUUUAGUUAGUAUUUGCUUGGAUUUGCUGUUUGCUGAGUUCUUAAGCGCUGAUGUUGUUUGACUAAAAAAUGCAUGAAGAAACAAGCAGAAGAGGGUUCCAAAGAAACAAGGUUUUUAGAGAUGUUGAGAAGGCUUUUCAUGUACCUAUUCGGUACAGGAACUGGAAUUGCAAGAUAACUACUUUGAAAGUCGUGCUGGUCAUACUUUUGGUGGGAUCUCCCAUCACUCUCCUUCGCUCCCCUGCCAGUUUUGAAGGAAAUGGAAAAGUAACAUUGAAGAACCAAGUAUCACCCAACAUUUGUGUGGCAAGCAGGCAUUGUCAGUUUGGUUUGGUGAAGUCGCCGCAGUCGUUGGCUGUGAGGAAGAAGAUGCAAUGGAAACUGGUGGUGGGAUGCUCGGUGGGAGCUGCUUUGGGGGCUUUCCUUUUGGGGUUGCUUUUAGUGGCGACGUUUGUUAAAGUUAAGAAGAAAGCAAGAAUGGAGGAGUUGGCGAGGAGAGAAUAUGAAGAGGAGGCUCUUCAGGUUUCCAUGGUUGGACAUAUAAGGGCUCGAACAUUACAUCAUCUUUUAAAUGGUAGCUAUGGAUUCUUUUUCUUUUCCUUUUUCAUGUAUGAUCAUUCUUUUUGCAAGGUUAGCUCUAUAUGUCUUCGAAAUAGAAUCGAUUCUUAUGUUCACUAUCUUGGAACAGAACAACUCUGUUUUUCGAUGACAUGUUAA